AUGGCAGAUAUACACCAUGUAUCCUCGUUUGAGGAUGAGCCGGAUCUCCCUCCUGGAACCUUCAAAUUGAUUCGAGACGAUGAGUCAGAUGAGCACGGCCAGCGGGUUGUAAUGCUCGACCCAAUUCCGUCAAACGAUCCUAACGAGCCAUUGAACUGGACCACACUGCGAAAGUCGGUCAAUUUCACCAUUGUUCUAGCAAUGACAAUCAUCAUCUUCACCGCACUAUCGAUUCAAGCCAUAUUCUGGCAGCAAAUGGCCGUGGAUCUCGAAGUGACGUACACAGAGCUCAAUCAAGCCAUGUCGGUCAAUUUUGUCGGCCUGGCUACCGGAUGUAUCUUCUUCAUUCCUUUCGCGAAGAAGUACGGCCGAAGGCCGGUCUAUAUUGUCUCUACUGCCUUGAUGCUGAUAACUUCCUUUUGGACAUCGAGAAUGAACAGUCUGGCGGAGUUAUAUGUGACGAACCUGCUUCAAGGUUUGGCUGGUGCUACCAAUGAAUCCAUUGCUGAGAUUACUAUAGCCGACCUGUUCUUUGUUCAUCAUCGUGGAUCGAUGAAUGGUCUAUAUAUGACAUGCGUCAUGAUUGGUAGUUUCUUGACCCCCAUGGCAGCCGGCACCCAAGCUACCAGACAAGGAUGGCGGAUGUCCUAUCAGACCAUGGGUAUUUUCAAUGUCGUACUGUUCCUCUGCUUUUGCUUUCUGUACGAGGAAACAAAAUAUGUUCCUCUGUUCACAGGAAGAACCAGUGCUGUCGAAGACGAGAACGAAACAAACGAGAUAUCCUCCCAGCAUAAAAAUAAACAGCAAGACAAAGGAGAUACCACGACAGCGGCCCAGAAAGUCAACUCGGCCAUGGAAUCUAGCACCCUUGGCCAUCACAUUGACCUAACAAUUCCACGCAACUCAUGGAAAAAGAGACUAGCAUUCAUAACGCCGACGCCGGAACCAAUCUGGCCCCAUUUCUAUCGCCCAUUCCGCGUGUUCAUCUUCCCAGCCGUCGCAUUCGCCGCGCUCCAAUACGCAGCAGGCGUCGUCUGGCUUACCAUUUUAUCCAAUGUACUAGCACUCACAUUCCCACUACCGCCCUACAACUUCACGCCCGAACAGAUCGGAUUCAUGAGCGUCGGUCCAUUCAUCGGCAACGUGCUUGGUGCAGUCUAUGGCGGCGUUCUAGGCGACAAGUCAAUUCUGUACUUCUCCCGGCGAAACAAGGGAAACUAUGAGCCUGAAAUGCGUCUUUACAUCCUGCAUCUUCCGGCUAUUCUCAUGGCUGGUGGCUUGAUCAUGUUCGGUGUCACAAUUUCCCGGGGUAUGCAUUGGAUCUAUCCCAGCGUGGCGGGUGCUCUCUUCGGAUUCGGACUGGGUAGUAUCAGCGACGCGGCACUUGUCCUUGUAAUGGAUAGUUACCAUGGUAUGACUGGUGAAGCCUUUACCGCCAUCGCAUUCAUGCGCAACGCAGUCAGUAUCGGGAUCCCCUUUGCGAUAUCACCGUGGAUCCAAAGCAACGGCCUUCAGAACAUGUUCAUAACAUGUGGUUUUAUCAGCGUCGGUGUUACACUGACUAUUGUUCCUAUGGUUAUUUGGGGUAAAGACGCCCGUCGUGCGCUUGCCGGACGAUAUCGCGACAUUGUUGAGAAACAUGGGCAUACUGGUCCACAGUGA